AUGGAAGAGCGGAUCUCUCCCGGAAGUUUCUUCCAGUAUCCACUUUCUGGAUUCCGUGCUUCUCCCAAUAGAUCUCCUUGUCCUCCCACUGAUCGUGAAAGGUACUUGGCUGAAUUAUUACAAGAGAGACAAAAGCUGAGUCCCUUUUUGCAAGUAAUGCCACAUUGCUGCAGACUGCUAAAUCAAGAAAUCCGGAGGGUUUCUAGUUUUUCUGAUCUUGAGAGAUAUGAGCAUGGCAGUCCAUUUAGAUCGCUUGGCCAGCCGACUAAUGGAAAGCUUGAUUUAGAGGGAUGGUCAAUGAUGCAAGCAGAGGAAAAUUGUCAUCUCCAGAGAGCUUCUCCAUUUCGUGGUCCUGCUCCAGUGGGAUGGGUUGGGAUGCCCGGGCUCCCUACCCCACCCAUUGUGAAAAGAGUGAUUAGACUUGAUGUGCCCGUGGAUAAAUUUCCAAGUUAUAAUUUUGUUGGCCGGAUUCUCGGGCCACGUGGAAACUCCCUAAAAAGAGUUGAGCUGGCAACACACUGCAGGGUGUUCAUUAGAGGACGAGGAUCUGUGAAGGAUACUGUCAAGGAGGAAAAACUUAAAGGUAAGCCAGGUUACGAGCAUCUCAGCGAACCAUUACACGUACUGAUUGAAGCCGAGCUUCCAGAAGACAUAAUACACUCUCGAUUGGAGCAUGCUGUCCAUUUCCUGGAAUCGCUCCUAAAGCCAAUGGACGAGUCUAUGGACCACUACAAGAGGGAACAGCUGAAGGAGUUAGCAGCUCUGAAUGGGCAAAAGGCUCUCUAUGCAUCGCCUAUCUAUCCUUCUGCGAGGUGA